CUCUGUUCUCAGUGCGUAUCCGGAAAUGAAUGUUUAUUGUUGGAGUCGCUGUUUUCUGAUAAGAUAUAAUCCAUUUUACAUCAGAUAUAUUUUCGCAUUUUAAUAAACGCGUGAUUAUGGGUGGGUACGGGGUGAUGGCAGAUGAGGAAUCUCUGGAUUAUUCAGUACAUGAAGCCUGGAAUGAGGCCACCAAUGUUUACCUGCUGGUUAUUUUGGUCAGUUUCGCCCUGCUUAUGUACGCCAGAAAAAAUAAGAGGAAGAUUAUGCGCAUAUUUACGCUGCCACCAACAGUCGGCACCUCACCAGAGCCCAACUUCUACGACAGUCUACAGAAAGUCCGGCUGAGACAACAACUGGAAAUGUAUUCACUGGCUCGUAAAUAUGACCAGCAGCAGCCGCAGUCUGAUAGUGUGCAGCUGUCAAUGGAGUAAUGUCACCAGAGGAGGCGCUCUUCACCCGCCAAUGUGAAGAAAGGCAGAACGGGCCACAGAGAGAAGUGGAUUGCUGAGAAAUAAACGUGCUUUGUCAUUUGGGGGGUAUUGUUGAAUGUUAUUUUUUUUAUUUGAAGAGCCUUUCUUUUUCCCACAUCCUUCAUACCUCUCAAACAUUCAGAAGAAGUGACGAUUAGUUUAAGAACUUGUGAUUUUCUUACAGGGGCAUUGGUGGACUAUCACACAGACUGCCCUCUGGUGUUGGAAGUGAAAUUGCUUGUAUAAUAUUUCAACGUUUCACAUGUUUGACAAACAUCAUCUCUGUGCCGUAAUGUUGAUCACUGUUUGUGAUCUGCACCCAAACAUUAAGAUCAACAUUUAACUCACCUCAAAAUUAUUGUUACAAAAUACUAUUUAAAGUUGAUAAAGUAAAGAUGUUGAAAAUACUGUACACUGAUUUUGUUGUGCAUGCUAGGUACAUUUUCCCUAGUACUGUAGGUCUUAUAUUGCCCUCUAGUGCUAGUUAACAUGCAUGUCAGUUGUUUUUGGGCUGAUCUGCCAGGCUGUUUAAAGAAUAAUAUUCCAAAAAUAAAGAUUUUAACAUUAAA